AUGUCUUUGAAUCAAAACUUACAAAAUUCUGCACCUACCUCUAAUACACUUCCUCGUCCAGACGAGAGUUUUGUAAUUGAAUUGAGUUCCGAUUUCAAUAAAGAAACCAGUGCUGAAGGAACUGAAGAACUAUUUUUCAA